AACUUCACCCGGCCCUGCAGGCCGAGGCCGGAGGCCGCGAGGCUUUAUAGCCGCUUCAGAGGCCAGAAAUCAACAAACCCCCGUUCAGCCCAAAUAUCGGAGAAAACGCGUGCCGGGCGUUUCGGCCGAUACGAUUAAAAAAUAAUAAUAAUAAAAACCAGAGAAUAUUUGCUUUUUAUUUUUUAUUUAAAUAAAUAUAAUAAUUAAUUAAUUAUUUAUUUAUAUUCUCUUCUUUCCGACUUUCUUCUUUCUCCUCCCUUUUCCUCUCUUUUUCGACUGUCGACGAUCCGCGUCUGAAUCGCGUUUCUUCCACCAGACCUGGAAAUCGUACAAAUCCACCCCUAGAAUCGCCGAUCCCCGCCUCCGAUCGCGUUCCCCUCGCCGAUUACUUGCCCACUGGCCCCCUUUCCAGCGUUUUCCUCGCUUUGAAACGGUGGAAAUCGGCUUGGAUCGCUGCUCCCGAAGUCUCGAUUGCGAUCGCGGAAUUGGUUCUGUUCGUCGCGUUGAAUCGCUGAUUCGAAGGGCGAGCGGUGUCUGAGAGUAUUGUCGUGUGAAUCCGGCGAAGGAUGUCGGAUCCAACCGUCGGAUUUUGAAGUAAUAUGGAUGUGAUUUCUGGAGUUGGAAAUGACGUUUUAUAUUGCUCGCGAGAGUUCGAAGUUAUGGAGGAGAGUUUUGAUGGAGACGUCGCUCGAAUUGCAUCUGUUGGCGGAGAAAUGGAGGCUUCUUCUCGCUGGAAUAAUUUUUCAGUAUAUUCAUGGAUUGGCUGCUCGGGGAGUUCACUACUUACAUCGACCUGGACCCAUACUUCAGGAUGUUGGGUUUUUAAUCCUUCCGGAGCUAGGGCAAGAGAAAGCUUACAUCAGUGAGACUCUAUUCACCUUCAUCUUUGUCUCCUUUGUCUUGUGGUCUUUUCAUCCUUUCAUUUUCCAAAGCAAAAAAUUCUACACAGUGCUGCUGUGGCGCAGGGUUCUGGCAUUUCUAGUUGCAUCUCAAAUUCUACGGAUUGUUACAUUUUAUUCGACUCAGCUUCCUGGUCCAAACUAUCACUGCCGUGAGGGAUCUAAGCUUGCCAGGCUGCCUCAUCCAGACAGUGUAUUGGAAGUGCUCUUAAUCAAUUUUCCCCGGGGCGUAAUAUAUGGUUGUGGCGACUUGAUUUUCUCAUCUCACAUGAUCUUUACACUUGUCUUCGUUCUCACGUAUCAGAAAUACGGCUCGCGAAGGUGUAUCAAGCAGCUUGCUUGGUUGCUUGCCAUCUUCCUCAGCCUCCUCAUUAUAGCAUCCCGCAAGCAUUACACAGUUGAUAUUGUUGUUGCAUGGUACACUGUGAAUCUGGUCGUAUUUUUCGUGGACAAGAAACUACCAGAGAUGCCGGACCGUACAGUUGGAGCCCCAUUACCUCUGCUGCCAUUGAGCACCAAAGACAGAGACAGUAGAUCUAAAGAAGAGCACCACAAGCUCUUGAAUGGGAACUCUGGGGACACUGCUGACUGGAGACAGAGAACACAGGUCAAUGGGAAGCUUCAAGAAGAUGGGAACAAUGGCCUUGCAGAUGCACCAAUGAACGGGUCAUAGACAAUGUGGAGACAUUGACAUUGCUGCCGUUGUUGCAGUGCAGCACAGAUCUUUGCUUUAAACCUAUGCGAAACCCUUCCCCAAUUCAUUGCCAUUGGCGCUGUUGCUAUUUGUAUUGUAGAUGAAAUGGAAUUUGGGCUUUUGGCCUAUUACAGUUUUGUCAAUAGAGUAGUUUCUCUUCAGUCUA